GUUGAUAACCCAUCUUAUUUCUUAUAUACACCCAGCCCAAAAUCAAACUAAAAUUAAUUUUAAUUAAACACUCAAAUCUAAAAAUAAAACUUAAAAAUGAAGGUGAUGAUAGCACUAGAUGAAAGUAAAGGGAGUUUAUAUGCUCUUAAUUGGGUUUUGUCUAAUAUUUUGAAGCCUAUUAUUACUACUACAACUGCUGCCGAAGAACAGAAGGAGGUUUUGGUGUACCUUGUUCAUGUUAACCUUCCUUUCCAAACUUAUGUUUACCCUGCUGGACCUGUUGUGUAUACAACAACUUCGGUCUUAGAAUCUGUUAAGCAGGCACAAGAUAAAAUAUCAGCAGGUAUUUUCGCCAGGGCUUUAAAGAGUUGUGAAGAAAUGAAGAUAAAAACAGAAGCAUUAGCUAUGCGUGGAGAGCCGAAGGAGGUAAUUUGUCAACUUGCUGAGCAGAAACAUGUUGACCUUUUGGUUGUCGGUAGCCGUGGUCUUGGCAUGCUCAAAAGGGCCUUCCUAGGAAGCGUUAGCGAUUACUGUACACACCAUGCACAUUGCCCUGUGUUGAUUGUAAAGCCGCCGAAGGAGUUCACUAACAUGCAUGAACAAGUCCCCCAAACAACAGCCUAAGUAGGAUGAAGAUGGAAACGACUCCAUAAUUUCCGUCCUAGAUGUAUUGUUAGUUUUUGAAUUGUUGUAUCGUUUCUGGAAGGAGCUGAGCCAGAGGUGUUUGUAGUACUUCAAUUCUUAGUUCGUAUGAUGGAGGUAUAAUUGUUUUUUUUUUUGAGAGAAUAUUAUGGGAGUAUAGUUGAAUGUUUGUUUAUGUAGUUAAGCAUUUUGUUGGAUAUAGGCCAAGUCAUGUAACAAUUUGGAUUGCUUCUAUACAUACAGUAAUAUCUGUCAAGUAUAUAUUUACAGUAACA